AUGGAAGCCAAUCGGAGUCGUCUGCUGACCGCAGCACGUCCUUAUCUUCAGAUUUUUUCCAUAUUCGGACUCACGCCGCCAACGCAAUUUUUCACCAGGACCUUACAUAGGCGACGUAGAGGUAUUCUAAUAUUGGGCUAUGGCUGCUUUUUAAUUGCCAUUUCUGUGAUGGUCAUCUACGAGUGCCACGCGAACAUUGUGGCGCUGCAUAAGGAUAUAUAUCGGUUUCACGCCGAGGACUUUAGCAAGGUUAUGGGAAACACGCACAAGGUCCUGGUGGUAGCCAUGUUCGUUUGGAAUCAACUGAACAUUCUGCUGAGCUUUCGGCGCCUUGCAAAGAUCUAUGUUGAUGUUGCGGAUCUGGAGAUGGAGUUAAGUAACGCCUCUAGGGGUUUCAUUGGCCAAGGGCAGUGGUGGAGCUUCCGAUUCCGGUUGGCCAUUUCCGUGGGACUGUGGAUAGUGCUGCUGGUGGGUCUUACGCCGCGAUUCACCCUCGUGCCACUCGGACCCUUCCUGCACUGGGCAAAUAAGGUGCUCACCGAAAUCGUUCUGAUAAUGAUACAACUGAAGUGUACGGAGUAUUGCGUGUUUGUGCAAUUGAUUUAUGAACUGAUACUCCGUGGGCGCCACAUCCUGCAGCAGAUCGGUGUGGAACUUGAGGGUAACCACUCAAGGGACAGUGUUCAGGAGCUGUGUGUGGCCCUAAAACGCAAUCAGCUGCUAUCUGGACGCAUUUGGGGUUUAGUGAAUGAGGUCAGCUUGUAUUUUAGCCUAUCCUUGACGCUUCUGUUUCUCUGCAAUGGACUGACCAUUCUGCACAUUGUCAACUGGGCUCUCAUCAAAUCCAUCAAUCCAAUCGAUUGCUGUCAAUAUAUGCGCUUCGGGACUUGCCUUUUGCUGUCGUUCAAUAUUUUUCUAGCCUGUUUAUACAGCGAGUUCUGCAUUCGAACAUAUAAUAGCAUUCCACGAGUUCUUCACCAAAUGUAUUGCCUUCCAGCAGCCGAAGAUUUCCCAAUGCUAAAAAUGGGACUGAGGGAAUACUCCCUGCAAAUGGAGCAUUUAAAGCUUAUUUUCACAUGCGGCGGCCUCUUUGACAUCAAUCUUAAGUUCUUCGGAGGGGUGGUAGUCACGAUAUUUGGUUACAUCAUUAUUCUCGUGCAGUUCAAAAUUCAAACUUUUGCUCAAUCAAAAGUUUGGCAAAAUAUAAACAUGAGCGAAAUUAAAGCAUAUGCCGCGUAA